CCUGCGUGCUCACAGCUCACUGUUAUCUCUUCUUUACAGUUUCUUAUUGUAGACACUUAUUAACAGGAAAAAAAAAACUUUAAAAAGAUUCUCAUCCCACUUGUACGAGUGUUAAAUCCGUUAUUUUAUUUAUUUAUUUACUUUUUCGUGAUGGAAGCGUAAAACUUGUAAAAGCAUCAUGGGGUGAAUCUGACAUAGAGGACGAGGAUGCUGCUCCGGUCAUUAAAGAAGGUCGUGAGGAAACUAUAAGCAGAUUUCACCAUGGUGAAGGAGAGUCUGCCCAGCUGGGUCCACCAGGGCUCUGACGAGGGUCUGGUUCAUGUGAAUGUUGGAGGUCUAAAGAGGAGCCUAUGUUCCAGCACACUGAAGAAAUUCCCAGAUACCAGACUGGGAAAACUGCUGGCGUGUGAUUCAGAGGAAGAUAUACUGCAGGUUUGCGAUGACUAUGAUGCACACCAGAAGGAGUUUUAUUUUGACCGGAAUCCUGGAUUAUUCCCUUACGUCCUCCACUUUUACCAGACUGGGAAACUUCAUGUCAUGGAGGAGCUUUGUGUCUUCUCCUUCAGCCAGGAGAUAGAGUACUGGGGCAUCAAUGAGUUCUUCCUGGACACUUGCUGUAGUUACCGUUACCAUGACCGCAAGCUGGAGAGCAGCCGACAUCGCAGCUGGGAUGACGAGAGCGACGUCAGCAGUGUAGAUACAUCUGUGGAUGAGAUAUCAGACUUAAACAGGGAUAUGCAGCAUUUCCAGGAGGUACGUUAUGGGAAUAUGAAGAAAUGCCUCUGGCUGACCCUGGAGAACCCAGGAUACUCCAUCCCCAGCAAGCUCUUCAGUCUGCUUUCCAUCGGAGUGGUCCUCACAUCCAUUGCCACCAUGUGCAUUAACAGCAUCCCAGAGUAUCAGAGUUUUGACUCAGAUGGGAAGUUGAUAGAGGACCCCACCAUGCAGGCUCUGGAGGUAUUCUGCACCUGCUGGUUCACCUUCGAGGUUGUGACACGGCUGCUGCUUGCACCAAACAGGAAGAAGUUCUUUCAUCACCCUCUCAACAUUAUUGACAUGGUGUCUGUGCUUCCCAUUUACAUCACCCUGGUCUUUGACUUGACUCUGGGAUCAGAGUCUGAACUGGGAAACCUGGGACGACUCAUACAGGUGUUCAGGUUGAUGAGGAUUUUCAGAGUUUUAAAACUGGCCAGACACUCCACAGGCCUCCGUUCACUGGGAGCGACCCUUCGGCACAGUUACCGGGAAGUCGGCAUUCUGCUGCUUUACCUGGCUGUGGGAGUGUCUGUCUUUUCUGGAAUUGCUUACACUGCUGAAUGUGAGGAGGACGUGGGUCUGGACACCAUUCCAGCUUGCUGGUGGUGGGGGACGGUGAGCAUGACCACGGUUGGCUAUGGAGACGUGGUGCCUGUCACGGUGGCUGGGAAGCUAGCGGCCAGCGGCUGCAUCCUGGGUGGCACGCUGGUGGUGGCCCUCCCCAUCACCAUCAUCUUUAACAAGUUCUCCCACUUCUACCGUCGGCAGAAAGCUCUGGAGGCAUCAGUAAGAAACAACAACCACAAGAGGAUGAGGAUGAGCUGCGAGAACGAGCCGGAGGAGGAUGAAGAAGACGAAGAAUCAGACGAGGACAGCUGCUGUCUGGAUGAUGAUGACAUUGAUGAUAUCGAGGAGGACGAUAUUGAUUAUGAGGAUGAAGGAGGUGUGGUAAACUACAGCUAUGUGGAGCAUCCCUCGUGCACCUCAAUAACGAGGAAGAAGCAGCUGUAUCAGCUGUGAAGAUGAUGAAUAGUCCACAUGGAACAAAAGAAGGAGGCCAUCAAUUCAGAAUGAUACCAUAUUUGAUUAUCAACCAAACCAAAGUGAAUAAAGUACAUUUUGAAAUGCAGGUUUGAUGUGUAACCUGCUGUAAAACCGCAUGAUGGACGGCUGUCACUGUAACCGACCAAACCCCGACGAUGACAGCUGGCUGAAGUUUGUGUUCUUUAAAACAUCGAGGCUGAAGCAGUUUGAAAAAGACGAAUAACUGAGACAUGAUUUUCAAAUCAGAUGAUGAUUUUGGGGCUUCCAUGAAAAACUAACGUUAUGAAGAGUGUUCAUUCUUAUCAUGGAUUUGUUACUUUGGCUGUAUAAAUAAAAAAAGUAAGGUCAAAGUUAACGUAUAGGUCUGCAGAAGGACUGAACCAGGCUGGUACAAAUAGCAUGCACGGCUCUGAAAUAAAUAAAAAUACCAUGUUAAACUGUGAAUAGUGCAUUUGUGGAGGAAGAAGACAGGGAGUAAUUAAAGGAAACAUCAUAUUUAAGCAUCUGUCCGUCAAAUAGAGGUCUAUGGUCAACAAUCCUUAGAUUGGCUUGUUCCUGUUCAGAGAUAAUGAAAAACUCUCAACUUGCACCUUCAAAGCUUGUGGAUUAUUGUCUUCUUUAUUGUUAUAAUGAACAAAUACUGAAUCCCUUAAAUGAUAAUUUAAUGUUAGAGCAUAAACUAUAAAUACAACAUAAAAGCCCAAAACAGAACCUGAACCUAAACUGUUUUGUUCAAAACCAGACUGAAAAUGGUAAAUUAUCAUGCUCAUUAAGUUUGUUCCUUAUUAUUGAUGAUAAAAAUGAUUACAUUCCUUUUAGUUGUUCAGACUCCUCUUGAUCUGUCAGUGUUUGUGAAGCUUAAUCCAGAAAAGUCAUUAUCUGA